AUGCUCCAUCUUUUGGUCUCCAAGGUGUGCAACAAGUCCACUAGGUUCUCAGGGCAAAGCGCUGGCAACAUGGUCAAGGAGCAGGUCGAGGAGCAGCGGAAGAUUAGUGAGUCGGUCCAUGAGCAGAUCUCGGUCCCCCUCUCGCACACCCUCUCGCACACCGUCUCCCAGGAGACCCAACAAGAGAAAGGCAGAUUCGCCCGAGGGGACGACUCGAGGGAUCGCCGCAGAAAUCACUCUAGAGACCGCAACACAGAUAGAUCGAAUGAGCGACCUCGUGGACGUGGACCUCCACCUCCUCGCGGUAUUUACGAUGUGAAUCAGGAGCGUCGCAGGGAGCGCGAGAGACAGAUGGAGGAGAGGGCGCCAGCAGCACCAAGACCAAGACAGGAUCCGACGGAGGAGAUGAAGACUCUGACGCUGACGCGUACAGGAGGCGCAUAUAUCCCACCAGCACGUCUUCGCAUGAUGCAGGAGCAGAUUACAGACAAGUCUUCAAAAGAGUAUCAGAGGAUAGCCUGGGAGGCGCUCAAGAAGAGUAUCAACGGUCUCAUCAACAAGGUGACGGCUGCCAACAUCAAAGCUAUCAUUCCGGAAUUGUUUGGAGAGAACUUAGUCCGCGGGCGUGGACUGUUCUGCAAAUCGAUCAUGAAGGCUCAGGCAGCAUCGAUGCCAUUCACACCUGUCUAUGCUGCUGUUGUAGCAGUCGUCAACACAAAGCUCCCCCAGGUUGGAGAGCUUCUUAUCACCCGCCUCAUUGUUCAGUUCAGGAAGGCGUACAAACGAAACGACAAGGCGACGUGUUUGGCAACCACAACUUUUAUCGCCCAUUUGACGAACCAGUGGGUGGCGCACGAGAUCUUGGCCCUGAAGGUCCUCUUCUUGCUCCUCGGUCAGCCCACGGAGGACUCUAUCGAAAUUUCAGUUGGAUUCAUGAAAGAGGUGGGAUCUUUCCUUUCGCAGGAAGCGUCAGGAGCCAACGAGGGUGUAUUCGAGAGACUCCGCAACAUUCUUCACGAGGGCAAGAUCGAAAAACGUACACAGUACAUGAUCGAGGUCCUAUUCCAGAUCCGUAAGGACAAGUACAAGGACAACCCACCCAUCGGAAACGACCUCGAUCUGGUCGAUGAUGAUGAACAGAUCACUCACACUCUGGAACUUGAUGAGGAAGAUCUGGAUGUCAUGGAGGGCCUGAAUGUGUUCAAGUUUGAUCCUGAAUACCUGGAGAACGAGGAGAAAUACGUCGCAAUCAAGGCUGAGAUCUUGGGCGAGGAUGACGAUUCAGAUGAAUCUGGAUCAGACGAAUCGGAUGAGGACGAGGAAGACGGAGAAGAGAGCAGAGAGGCCCUUCAGAAGAAGAUGGAGAUUCAAGACAGGACCAACACCAACCUGGUUAACCUCCGCAAGACCAUCUAUCUGACGAUCAAGAGUUCCCUCAACUUUGAGGAAUGUUGUCACAAGCUGAUGUUGAUCAAGCUGGAGCAAGGACAGCAGAUUGAGCUGUGCAAUAUGGUGAUUGAGUGUUGUUCUCAGGAGCGUACAUACGAAAAGUUUUACGGAUUGGUCGGUGAGCGUUUCUCAAAGAUCAACCGGGACUGGUCGGAGGCAUUCAAGGAGUGUUUCGCAACCAACUACGAGACGAUCCAUCGUUUGGAGACGAACCCACUGCGCAACGUUGCCAAGUACUUUGGCCAUCUGAUGUCGACGGAUGCGCUGCCCUGGGAUGUAUUGAGUGUGAUCCACUUGAACGAGGAGGAGACGACUAGCAGUUCUCGUAUUUUCAUUAAGAUCCUGUUUCAGGAUUUGGUCGAGUCUCUUGGAUUGAAGAAGCUGAACGAGCGUGUCAAGGACCCAUACUGUGCCGAGUGGUUCUCUGGCCUGUUCCCCAAGGACAACCCCAAGAGCACCCGUUUCGCCAUCAACUUUUUCACCAGUAUUGGUCUUGGUGCACUGACCACUGAACUCCGUGAACAUUUGAAGAAUGCGCCCAAGUCGAUCAUGGCGCAGCAGCAGGAUGUAGAGAGCUCAGACUCGGACUCGGACUCGGAUUCUUCCUCGUCAGGAUCAGAUACAGACUCGGACACAGACUCCUCGUCAGGAAGCGACUCUUCGUCGUCCUCAGACUCUGAGGAAGACCGUCGCCGCCGUCGAUCAUCCCGCAGACGUCGCACCCGCUCCCGGUCAUAA